AUGGUCGAUGCUAAGAAGGAUGACCCUACAUAUCUGAGCAAUCCCAAGCACAUCGUCAAGCCUUCAGCCCAUCAGCUUCCUGUGGAGGUUCGAUGCUGGAGGAGAGCUGUCAGUGAUACAACACUUGACCUACCUUUUAUCAGAGAUGAAAUGAACCCACUAACCAGCUACGAAGUGGUUGUUCUUCACGGGGACAACAGAAAAAUAGAGGGAAAUUUGGUUAGUUGUCCAAUUAAGAUGGAGGAUCUGAACAAGUUUUAUGCUUCUUUCUGGAAGCAAUCUAGCAGUGCACUUAGUAGCCUGCACUCUGUUCAUGAGCAUAAGCUGAUGAAUUCGGGUUCAAGGCGCAAUCAAACCCAAGAAGUUCCCACCAAUUCCAAUAAACGUAAAUCGUUGUCCGAAACUGUGGACCUGAAUUCAGAUGUUAGGACUUCAAUUAGGAGAAAAUCUUAUGCUUAUCACGAAGUGAUUGACUUGGAGAAGCCAUCGAUUUCUGGUGAUGUGGUGGAAGCUUUUGGUUGCUCUGCCUUUGGCAACCUUGCCAACCAAAAUGGCAAGUCUCAGGAUGGUUCAUGCUGCAUUUCACCAGAGAACACCUCACUUGCAGAGUCUCUUCAGUUGUGUAGAGACUGGAACACAUCACGUGUAAGCGCUGGUUCAGUUGGAUCUAGUGACACUCCGGAUUGCCAGUCUCCUAUCAAAACAAGUAACACUGAAGCAAGACAUUUACUAUUUGACCUGAAUGUUAUUCAAGAAGAAAGCCUUCUUAUGCCUUCUACUGUGUUUCCUUCUUCCUCGGCGCACCACGGAAAUUUUUCAGACAACCCUAGAGAAGCUUCUGAAAAAGAAUGUGUCUCUGGUUCUGGUAUUGGAUCAAUGAAAGGAUCUUCCAUCACGGUGAUCACGCCCAACUCAGUUGCAGACAGUUCAAGGGAUGUGGUAACUGAAUCCUCAGUUCAACAGAAGUUCCUUUUUGACCUUAAUGUGUCACCUGAAAGCACUGACAUGCCAUCAGAAAUCAGCGAUUAUAGAGAUAAGGAUGUAAAUAAUGAUAUAAGUAAAGGAACAGCACUCGAUUCUUUCUCCCUGGAAAAUAGCCUGCAUGCAGAAACUUCUACCAAACAUGUGGUUCUUGGAAAUGAUCAUAUGUUGGCACACAAGGAUGACAGUCACGUGCUUCUCACAGCCCCAACAACUAAUGGUACCAAUAAGGUUCAGUCGCCAGAGUCUGGAACCAUUAACAAGGAAUUUUUUAUCCCUGGAUCUCCUCUUGUUGAUAAUAAUUUCCAUCCAAGACUUGGGAUAUCCCACAGUGGAGCAUCAAAUAUUCAGGAGUUAAGCAUGCUUCAAGAUAAGGUCGAUGAUGAUGGCGCAACAGCUGAUAUUGCAGCUAGAACCCUUCUUUCCAUUUUUCAGCAUAGUUCUGAAUGCAUUGCUCAUUGCUUUGGAAGCAGCAAUCAGACAACAGCUCAGAACGGGGACGACGAGCCUCAGCCUUCAUUGGACUCGUUCGAGAAAAUCGUGUUGAAUUUAGAGGAGAUCAAAGAUGACGGGCAAUCCAUCAAUGUGUCACCACCCUAUAAUGAAGGACCAGCAUGUCGGAUCAAGCUAAAGAGAGGGAGGGGUAUGAGAAAUUUUCAGAGGGAGAUAAUUCCUGGGCUUCUUCUAGGGAGGCAAGAGAUAUGCGAGGACUUAGAAUUUAUAGGUUAUGAGCCAAAGAAAACUCGGUCCAGGAAAACCCGCAAGGGUCCAGGUGCAUCCUCAACUCGACCAAGGCCGCGCAAACGUGGAGCUGUGAAGCACUGA